AUGGCUUCACAGGCAAGGAUUGAAGAGCUGCCGUCUAUGCUAUGGGUAGCCGUACCUUCCGUCCUGCUGGUGUCAGCUUAUUUCGUUCGGAAAUGGUAUCUUUCCUACCGACUCAAAGUCCAUGGUAUCGGGCGAGGAGCCAAAGGAUUCCAAACGAACGUUCGCCAAGUUCGCGUAACACCCGAAAUCGCUGAACGGCUUCGACGAGGUGAAGAAGUCAGCCCUGAAGAAAUAGCAGCUGCAGCUGCGAAGAUGGAGGAACUCGAGCGACAGGGGAAGGCUCCGGCGCCUGCACCCCGGCCACCGCCUGUGUUCGAGGACGAGAAACCCUUCUACGAUUCUAGGACGCCCAGACCGCCCUCACCUCCCCGUGGUACCCCGUCCAAGAAAACAAACGACAAUGUGGAUAACGAAUGGCUCCCUGACACCGUGACAAAAACAACGAAGCGAAAGACAAGGGGGAAGAAGGCGUAA